AUGGAUGGCACUUUGGCGGCUCUUUGUGAUCUGCGCGCGCAGAUAAAUAACCAGCGUAUGGAGAACAAGGCAUCGCAGAAGGAUCUGCGAAAGCCGAUUGACGAGAAUAGACGUCAGAGACCCCCGCGGAAGCGUACUCGAACUGAGGCCUUGGAGGACGUAGGGCACAUAGCUGCUUAG